UACCCGACACCAAACUGGUCACACCGACACACACUUCAAAGAUGGCGAACGAUACGAGCAAGCUACUGUUGUCUUCACAACAAGAAAAACCCAAUCAUUAUACCUACCUGAAGGAAUUCCGCGUGGAGCAGUGCCAGUCGUUCCUGCAGCACAAGUGCAAUCAGCAUCGCCCGUUCAUAUGUUUUAAUUGGCAUUUUCAAAAUCAGCGGCGUCGGCGACCCGUUCGCAAACGCGACGGCACCUUCAACUACAGUGCGGAUAAUUAUUGCACCAAAUACGAUGAGACCACAGGCAUCUGUCCCGAAGGCGAUGAAUGCCCCUUUCUGCACCGCACCGCUGGCGAUACCGAGCGGCGCUACCACUUGCGCUACUACAAGACAUGCAUGUGUGUCCAUGACACGGACAGCAGGGGUUACUGCGUCAAGAAUGGCCUACACUGCGCCUUCGCCCAUGGAAUGCAGGAUCAGCGGCCACCCGUGUACGACAUCAAGGAGCUGGAGACCUUGCAGAACGCUGAAAUUACACUGGACAGCACCAAUGCCCUGAAUGCCCUGGACAAGGAGCGCAAUCUGAUGAACGAGGAUCCCAAGUGGCAGGACACCAACUAUGUGCUGGCCAACUACAAGACGGAGCCGUGCAAGCGUCCGCCUCGCCUGUGCCGACAGGGCUAUGCUUGUCCACAGUACCACAACAGCAAGGACAAGCGUCGUUCGCCCAGGAAGUUCAAAUACAGGUCGACACCUUGCCCCAAUGUUAAGCACGGCGAGGAAUGGGGUGAGCCGGGCAAUUGCGAGGCCGGCGACAAUUGCCAGUACUGCCACACACGCACUGAACAGCAGUUCCAUCCGGAGAUAUACAAAUCCACCAAAUGCAACGAUGUACAACAGGCCGGCUACUGUCCACGUAGCGUAUUCUGCGCCUUUGCCCAUGUAGAACUUUGUGUAAUGGCCGAUGAGAAGACGUGGGAGCAUGAACUGUCGCUUCGUGAUCUCAUUUCCAACGCCUUGCCCGACUUACAGCCACGGGAUGUGCACCAUUUGGGCGAUAAUUUGUUGAACAUUGAACAUGGUAAUAGUACCAAUAAAAUGUUGGUAGAUGCUUUGGAAAAUACAAGAAAUUCCAGCAAAUUAUUAAAUUUCUCACGACCCCUGGACAGUCGUUUAGCUUGCUCACUGGACGAUCCACGCGAGAACUCACUGUCGUCGAGUCUGGCUAAUAGUAGCUUAUUAACACGUUCCUCGGCGCCAAUUAACAUUCCUAAUACGACACUAAGUAACUCAAUUAAUGAUUUUAACUCGGGUGGCUUUGCCGUCAACAUUCCUGGCAGCUCGCUCACCUACAGUCCAACCAAUCACGCCAAUCUCUUCGCCAUGGAUGCAUUCAACUACGGCGGUUCCAACAAGUUAAGCAACUCCCUCUCGGCUGCCACACAGAACGACAACAGCCUCUUCUUCCCAUCGCGCAUCAUGUCCCCGGGCUUCGGCGAUGGCUUGUCCAUUAGUCCAUCGGUCAGAAUAUCCGAAAUGAAUACCAUACGUGAUGACAUCAAUAGCAGCUCGGUGGGCAACAGCUUGUUCGAGAAUACCUUGAAUACGGCCAAGAACGCCUUCAGCUUGCAAUCACUGCAGUCGCAGAACAACAGCAGCAUCACCAACGACUUGAUUACGAAGAACGCCCAGAUCCACAAGCUGAGCAACCGAUAUGACGAUGUGGUCUGUAAAUUGAAGAUUGCCGAGCUCCACCGUGACAAGGCCAAGCAGGAGGCAUUGGAGUGGAAGGAGCGCUACGAUUUGGCUCAGAUACAGCUCAACCUGUCGGCAGAGCUGCGAGACUUGUCCAUUCAGAAAUUGAAGCAAUUGCAGUCAAAGCUGCGCUCCGAUUUGGAGGAGGUCGACAAAGUAUUAUAUUUAGAGAAUGCAAAGAAGUGCAUGAAGUGUGAGGAGAAUAAUCGCACCGUCACCCUGGAGCCGUGCAAUCACUUGUCCAUUUGCAAUACAUGUGCUGGCUCGGUCACCGAGUGCCCCUACUGCCAGGUGCCGGUAAUGACAACACACACCUAGAACAUGUUCAAUCAGCAACAGGGGGGCGGCCACAACUGGCCCUUUGGCUGAUAGUUCGGAUAUUAAGACGCGACAACAGCAUGACAAUGUGCAUGACACACAAAAGUAAACUUUAGUUUGUAAGCGAAAUGUUGAAGCUUCUGAUCGAAGGCAUAUGUCAAAACUUUUACAUAUAUAUGAGUUAUAUACUUCAGCUCUAUGCAAAUUAAUCAUGAAUAUUAGCAAUUACUAGGCACAAACUAUUAAUUGAAUUAGCUAGCUGCUCUAAACAAAUAAGUUAUAUAUUUUACUUUGUGGUAUUUUACUAUUUUAAUAUGUAUUUAAUUUUUGCUUGCAUAACGACUACAGGAAUAUUUUGAAAAAGGUUUUUUAAGUUUAAAUCUUCUCUUGCAUAAUAAUGUAUAUCAUAUAUAUUUUUUUUCGUUUUAUUCAAUUUAUUGCACAAAUUUGCAAUAUUUCUCAUAUAAUUUUUAUUGCGUAUCGUAUAUCCGUAGUAUCUUAUUAUUUGUAUUGAAAUAUGCCACACUUUCAGUCAUAUUGUACUCUUCACUAGUAUUAUCUAAAGAAUUAUGAAAGGCGCGGAACCAUUACGCAGUGUAAUUGGUUGACGUUAUGAUAACUAUAAUGGUAUAUUAAUUUUUCUAGACACUUUUAGCAAUUGACUAUUAACAAAUUUUAUAGAAAACAACAAAUUGAUCAAGUUAAUGAAGAUUUAACAAUGUAGUGUCGCAUGCGACAGCAGCAAACAGCAACAAAACAAACAAACAAAACAACAAAAACCACCAGUGAUUUUAUAUAAGCCGAUUUUCAAAACUGUAUUUUAUAUGUACUCGUAUGUGUGUUUCAAUCUUGUGAAAACGACAAAAAACCAACUGAAAAACGGAAAAACAAACAAACAAAGAAAUUUUCAAGCAAUAACCAACCCGCCCCAGCCAAGCGUCAUAACUUGAUGUAACUGACGGAUCAUAAAUCCUAGUCUGUGUACUGAACUUUUUUUUUUUCAAUCUCCCCCUGCCCGCUUGUUUACCUUCACAAAAGUAAUUAUAGAACAUAAAAUUAAUUUGUAACUGAAGGCGACAGCGCUUUCCCCUAAUGAAAUAUUCAUUUUGUUUUAUGAAAACUAAGAGCCUUGGCUUUUUGAUGAUAUGUGGAUAGCCGAAGCACACGCAAAAAAUACAAACAUUCUUUAUAUACUCGUACUCUUAUUAGGUUACUUUGUGAUUUUUCUAGUGCUUUAAGUACUUAUUUUGCAGCUGACUCUCAAUUUUUCCUAUGAUUUUAUAUAGCCCCCCCUCAGUGGAAGCUUCCAAUUUAGCAAAAGCAAAAGGAAUGAAAAACAAAAUGUCAAUGUCAGAAAAUAGUUGUUAAGAUAUAUGAAAUCUAGCAUUUGGCUAAUGGUACAAGAACGAAUAUGAAAUAUACCUAUAUAGAUCUAUAUAUAUAUAUUUAUGAAGCAUUUGGACACCGAUUUGUGAUGAAGGAAGGGAAGUAUAACAAUAAAUGUAACUCGAUACAGCGAAUCGAACACAGUUUAAAAAGAACAUGUUAACCAGAGUUAAUGUAACAAACAAAAGAUAAGAACCGUCUUCAAAAACCAUUGUAUUUUUUUGUGCAGCAAUAUUGUAGUUAUCAAGAGCUGUUUUACUGGUCGCAUACGACAAAGUUGAAUGAGCAAAUGAAAUGUAUUGUUAGUUAGUUUGAAAGAACUAAAUGGAAAGCAAAGGGAGCGGGAAAAAGUGAAUUGAAAUCGCAGCUGCAAAGGCAUUUAUGGAAAACAAAAGCAAACGCAAAAGCAAAACUAUUACGAUAUACAAGAAUAUAUACGAACCCUAUAUACAUGAAAAGCAAAUAUAUUAUAUAUGUAUGUAUUAUUAAACAAAACAAAAAGCUAACUAGAAAUGUCAACGCAGCGCAAAGGCUUUUAUAUCUGUGUGUGUUUGUACUGUGUUUUUUGUAGGGAAGGAAGGAAGGAAGGCCAAAAACAAACAUCUUGAAAUACAAAUUAUUAAAAACAAAACAAUAAAUAAAUGUGUGUUAAAUGUAAAUGCUUUAAUAGGCGUAUGAUAAAAGCGUACACAGACCACAGGUGGAUAGUUAUGAAUGUAGAAAUGGGUUUUAUAAUGGAGCUGUUGAGCGUAUACCAAGCCUCUCUCUUUCUCUGUCUGUAGUACCCCUGACUCACAGCGAUUCCGGCACAGUGUGAACACUUUUGCUAUCAUACUUUACACACGAAUUCUCUUCAAGUAUAUCUAACAACUUGGGGAUUUUCGUUCUAUCCUCGAAUCGAAAAAGGCAACAAAUGCAAAUCAAUAUUUGAACAUGUCAAUCAAUCCAUUUUUCACGCGAAACGAAAGAUAUCUCACAACUGGGAAGAAUCAAACCAGGAAUCGGGAACACACAAAAUAUAUAUGUAUAGUGUGUACACAAAUACUUAUAUAUUUAUAGACGAAGCAUGUAUUUUGUAUACGCUACUGUAAGAGUGAUUUUUAUGUGAUUUUGAAACUACUUGAAUAUGUGAUCCAGAAAUAAAUGAAAAA